AUGAUUCUGAAGAUAGAUGAGGACGUAAUCGAGAAGUGUGAAGAUGUGAUUGACUACGAGUUGCCUGAAGUGGAACGAGACGACGCUUCUGGCAUUAUUCGUAUUCCGAAAACGAUUAUACUCCACCCACCCGUCAAGAACACUCCAGAGCAGAUUGCGAAAAAGCGAACAUUUUGGCGAGAAUUUAUGAACAAGCAUGGAGUAGUAAAAAUUGUUGCACCAAUGGUGGGUCGAAAACGGCUUCGUUUUAUUGAAAAUGGUCUGCUAAUGUCCUUUAGCGAACUUGCGUUUCGCAUGUUCAUGCGUAAAUAUGGAGCUCAUGUGACCGUUACACCGAUGAUACAUGCUCAUUUGUUUGUGAAUGACACUACCUAUCGCAGAAAUGCUCUAGCCUUGUGUGAGGCCGAUCGUCCUCUCAUAGUACAAUUUUGCGCAAACAAGCCGGACACCUUUUUGGCUGCUUGUCGCCUCGUCGAAGGAUAUUGUGAUGGUGUCGAUUUGAACCUUGGCUGCCCGCAAAUGGUGGCCAAGAAAGGGCGAUAUGGUGCAUACUUACAG